AUGCAACCGCUGUACAAGGCGACGUUUUCAAACCAGAUCUCGCUCACUCAGGUCGGCUCGCUGCCCGGCUCCGUCUCGGGCUGCCUCAGCCCCAUUGCCUGGGACGCGAGCAGCGCGGCUGUCGUCGCUACCUGCUCGAUGACUGAUGGCACCUUUGGCCUCGUCACCGUUCCGACGAAAGGUGCCGCAGCAUCAGCCAUCGUCUUCCAGGCUCCGAGCUCGUUUUCGUACUGGUCCGUCAACGUCGUCUGA